CGCCUGAAAGUGCCCAGUCGCGCAAGUGCCGGCACCCGCAGUUCCCAGCAGCGCCAAUCGCCACGCCACAAGUCCAGUCGACCGUCGAUCGUGCCCAGCCGCACACGAUGGUCGUUCCAUGAGCGCCGGUUGCGCCAGCCGCACGUCAGGGCUCAAAGUCAUGCCCGGUCGGCCCAGGCUAGCACAUGUUGUGCCAGCGAGGCUUCGUCCACGACCGGUUGUGCCCAGUGGCACGCCAGCAUGCGCGGGCGUCCAUGUCCGUACCCAACCAUGACCAGUAAGGCCCUGUUGUGCCUAAGCCGAGCCCAGCCCAUGCCAGCGACUGCGCCCGAGGCCCUAACAGGCCCUGCGGGGGACCGAGCCAACUAUCAUCCCGAGAAAUUCUCCAGCCAGGGAGAUCCUCGAGUUGUUGACGAAUGGGUUCAGGGCCUUGAAAUGAUUUUCGAGGUCGUGGACUGUCCCGACUGUUAUCACGUUCUUUGCGCACAGAUCCAAUUGACGGGUGACGCACGUCUCUGGUGGAAUGCCUACUACGGAAUGCGUCCAGGUGAAAAUGAAGGUUGUACGUGGGACAGGUUCAAGGAGUUAAUUUGCGAGAAAUAUUAUCCUGCGUACUAUCGAGCUGAAAUGGAGCGCCAAUUUCUGGCACUCAAACAAAGUACUCGUACAGUGGAUGAGUACGAGCGAGAAUUCACUCGACUUGGAGCUUUUAUUCCUGAUCUGGUGAGCACAGAGGCAAAGAGAUCGAGGC